GGCACGGUCACCUUCGAGCAGGACGGCGGCGCGGCCUGCGUCAUCGAGUGGGACCUGACGGGCCUGUCGCCGGGGCUCCACGCGCUGGCGAUCCACGAGCACGCGGUCUUCGACGCGGGCCUCGCGGGCGCCGGCGCACGCUACAACCCGCACAAGGCCAAGCUCGGCGGGCCCUACACCGUCGAGAAGCGCGUCGGCGACCUCGGCAACGUCCGCGCGAAGAGGGACGGCACGAGCGCGGGCCGCACGACGAACGCGCAGGUCUGCCUCUGGGGCGACUUCAACGUCGCGGGCCGGUCCGUCGUCGUCUACGCGGACGCCGACGACCUC